CUUCAACAUCAUCUGGUGAGGACGGAGGUGACUUCCCUAGGGGGAGGGUCUGAUAUAUCAUUUUACCUGCUCCCUCCCCUACACUGGCCGGAUAGAGCCGAAAUGUGAGGGACUCACUGAGAAACAGACUGGGAAUUGUCCCCUGCUGCUCCCUGUAACUCCCUUCUACUGUGUCCCUGACAUUCCCAUCCCCUGUACUCACAUCUCCAGCCUCAUCUACUGGGUUCUCCAGAGAUGGAAACAAGGAGGUUAGAGGGGAAAUGGGAGAAUGAAGAGCCGGACACUGAGGAUCCUCUGGACACAAUAAAGAGGGAAAUGGAUCCCGUUCCUGGGGCCGCUUCCCCAGAGACACAACCAGAAAUAUUACAGAUAAAGAUAAAGGAAGAAGAACUGGACCCUGAAGAUCUUCUGAACUCAACUGAAAUCUCUACAGGGUCACUCACUUAUGGGGAUCAAUCGUUGAAUGGUGAACUGACCUGGGACAUUUCCAAGACAUGGCUCGGACACUGGAAUUCAGAGGUUCCCGAGUACAGUGCUCCUGCUAGUUCUUUGGAUACGGAAUGCAGUAAAACUUUAUAUAUAGAGAACCCACUGCACAAAACACAGAGAAUUCACUCAGGGUUGAAACCUUUUGGCCAUAAAAACAUUGGUCAGAAAACCAGCUUUAAGAGAUCCAAGAGGAUUCACACCGGGGAGAAGCUCUUCAUCUGCAGAGAAUGUGGGAGAAGCUUCGCUUUCAGGAGCAGCCUCCAAAAUCACAUCAAAAUCCACUCCGGCGAGAGAGUUUUCAAAUGCAGGGAAUGUGGCAAAUGUUUCCCCAUAAAGAACGAACUUCGCAAACAUUAUAAGGUUCACACCGGGGAGAAACCCUUCACCUGUACGGAAUGUGGGAAGAGCUUCUCUCAGAAGAACAAUCUCCUGGCGCACAAGAGGAUUCACACGGGGGAGAAGCCAUUCGCAUGCGUGGAAUGCGGCAGAAGGUUUUCCAUAAAGAGCAACCUUAUAUCACACAUGAGGAUUCACACCGGGGAGAAACCCUUCACCUGCACAGAAUGUUGGAAGCGAUUUCCCCAGAAGUACCAGCUUCUGAUUCACAUGAAUAUUCACACCGGCGUGAAACGCUUCUCUUGUACAGAAUGUGAGAAGGUGUUUAAUUUAAGGAGCACUCUCCAAAGACACCAGGCCAUUCACACCAGGGAUAAACCUUUCUCAUGUACAAUGUGCGGUAAGGGCUUCUCCGGAAAUAGCAGUCUCCUUACGCACCAGAAAAUCCACACAGGGGAGAAACCAUUUAUCUGCGUCGACUGUGGGAAAAACUUUUGCCAAAAGAAUGACCUUUUGACGCACAAGAGGAUUCAUACGGGGGAGAAACCAUUCACUUGUGUGGAAUGUGGGAAAAGCUUCUCCAACAGGAGCAACUUUCAUAAACACCAAAAAAUUCACACCGGAGAGAGGCCGUUUGCCUGUAAAGAAUGUGGGAAACGGUUCUGUCAGAAGAGCAACCUCCUCAGCCACCAGAAGCUGCACACGGGCCUGAAACCUUUUGGGUGCAUGGAGUGCGGGAAAUGCUUCUCUACAAAGAACGAACUUCUUAAUCAUGAGAAAAUUCACACCGGGGAGAAACCAUUCACCUGCACAGACUGUGGCAAAAGCUUCUCCCGGAAAAACCUUCUUCAGUCGCACAGAAGGACUCACACAGGAGAGAAACCGUUCAUAUGCGCUGAAUGUGGCAAAAGCUUCUAUCAGAAGAGCAGUCUCCUGGCGCACGAGCGGAUUCAUAGUGACGACAGGCCGUUUGCAUGCACUGAAUGCUGGGAAAGGUUUUCUCAAAAGUACCUGCUCCUGAGGCACAUGAACAGGCAUACGGGGCUAAAACCUUUCAUAUGCACGGAGUGUGGGAAGGGUUUCAGUUUAAAGAGCAGCCUGCAGAGGCACCAGACCAUUCACACAGGGGAGAAACCAUUCACAUGCGCGAUAUGCAGCAAAAGUUUCUCCCAGAAGGGCACCCUCGACCGGCACCAAAAAAUUCACACAGGGGAGAAACCUUUCAGGUGUGCGGAGUGUGGGAAAUGCUUCUCUCAAAAGAGCACCCUUCAAGGACACCAAAAAACCCACUUGCGUUAAGUGUGCAGUGAGAGCACCCAUGAGAUAAAAGCUGCACGUGUCUCAUCGGAGAGUUGCCUUUAUAAGGCACUGGUAUAGGAAGCAUAGAGCUCAUCAAAUGUUCUCUUGCCGCCAUGUUUUUCUUUUUACCCCCCACGUGAGCAAAUGUUGUUUUCUUAAUCUAUUGGAUACAGGACAUUAAAGCUCUUCUCCUGAUGUCUGCCUCUAGAUGGGACUUUCUAUCUAUGAGCAACUUCUUCUGUAGGUUUUGUUCUUAAAACUGAUAGGUGUAUUUCUAAACUCCACCCACUUGUCAUACUAAUGUAUUUUAUUUCUUUACGAAUACCUAGCCCCACCCCCAUUGUAUGUAUAUGGGUAAGGUGCCUUUAAUGCUAGCCAUGCAAAUGAUGAAUUCAUGAAGGCUUUAAAUCUAUUAUGUUUAAAGGGAAAGAGAUCACACUGUGCCAAGGUGGUAGGGAACCGUUAAUGAAAGUCAGUCGGUACUAAAGAAUAAGAUUUUUUGUUUUGGCCAAUCAAGAACUGCCAGCUGCCAUGGGUCGGAGGGUGCUGAUCCACCUUGUGUGAGUCAAUCGUGCCCGGGGGUUCAGUUUUGGGAUUUGGUGACAUAUUGCUUAUAUAUAUAUUAAUAGUUGGGUAGAGGCAUAAGGUCCUUGUGUGUUGGUAAUUCCCUGAUACUUACAGGGCAGUGGUGUUGCAUUGUCAUAGAGCUGCGGUAUGGACACAACGUUAGCCCACCACAAGAGAACAUCUAUGUCAUGAGGAACAUUAGUUAGCUGAAGCCUUAAGUUACCCUUUAAUUAAAUCCUGCAUCAGUGGUUGCCAGACUUUUGGGUUCCACCCCAGGGAAGAAGUGGCUUGGGGCACAGCGUGAAGUCCAAUAAGGGUGAAAUUUAAGGAGACCUCUUAUUUACUCUACAAUGGAAGACCAGCCUGGGGGUCACUUGGAAUUGUGGCUGAAAGUCGGUUAAAGCAACGUUUCUGUAACCUUGAUGCAAGCUAUGGGAGGCCUGGCCAAACUUUGCCCUCAAAAGGGGAUUUCAUGUGAUGCCUGGAAGCUGAGCUUUAGCUGCCAUACCACCAGGCCCCUGUCACCUUGGAAUAUCUGGGUACUGGAAGGUCAGAUUUAGGUGGGAUUAUGUGGACGAUUGAUCAGUUGGGCCAUCCAUGUAGUACUGAUGGGACACCUGUGGCACUUGCCAAUGUUUCCCCCCAUCUGCCCAAACUCCAAGAUAGAUAUACGUAGAUAUGGAAGAAAUGUUUCUCUAAAGGGAUACUGUCAUGGGAAAAUAUGUUUUUUUUUUCCAAAACACGUCAGUUAAUAGUGCUGCUCCAGCAGA